UUCAUUCGGUAUUAUGGCGCCGGACUGAUCGGCUCAGUUCGCCAAAUAAAUUCGAGCUUUAGCUCCACCAGUAGCAUAUCCUCCAAGAAAUGGCGGUUCGCCGAUACCGGGAGCUGCGUAACACCAUCGCCUCUACUAAAGAUGUCGCCGGCCGGAAAACUUUUAUGUAGCUACGGUGCACCCGUCAAAUUGUGCAAAUGUCUCUGGACAAGCAUGUCGGCAAAUCAGAUCGAAAGGCAAGGCGCAGCAGCAAUGCAUCAAGGACAGAAAUAAUUGCCCUUAGACCGUUGUCCGUCGGACCGUCGCAUGCGAUGAGGAAGGUGUCCAGGAAGCAGUACAGUAAGCAACAACGUGUGUCCGCGAAUUUGCUCCACAUUAAACAGAUCGAUCGUUCGAGCUUGGCAUCGGGAAGCCUGACCCGCGCCAAGUACGUACUGUCUUCAGAAUCUCUGCUGCGUUCUUCAGAAAGCUCCGGGACAAACUCUGCGUUGAGCAACGAGUGCGUUGCUUCUGGCUCGCGUGCCAAGGAAGGGGCUCGGAAAAAAAUAAACCAGGUUGUGUCCGAGAGCUCGCUGACCCUCAGUCUUCCGAAGGACAUCACCACCUCCUGGUUGGAGAGGGACACCGUGCAAGCUUCUGAGUCUGACGCGAAAGGUCGCCAAAGGCCUCCUCUAUGGGAUCCUGGCAGCAAGACGACAGCAAAGAGCAUAUUUAGCACCAGGUCCCUGACCGGAGAAAACAGGCGAAACAGCGCACCGUUUGCGUCGGGUCUCACCGCUUUGGACAUCCUAUCCAGACCGUCAGAGCGUCCCGCAGAAGCCACGUUAGAAACAUCAGACUGCGAGGACGUCCACCUGUUCCAGUCGUUGGAUGCAUCGAGGCAUACUCAAUCCGAGUUUCGAAGCGUGCCUUCAAAGUUACGCAGUACGAAAGACGCCUUGUCCGAUACGCGACUGCAAGAGGAACUGUCAGACACAUCGUCUGCAAGUGGUCAGCGAUCCUUGGGUGAACAUGCUGUGUCAGAAUCUGGAAAAGUGUGUUCCUGUAAACAUCCCGUGCUCCUUAGCCUCACAACUGAUCCAAAGUGGGAACCUACGCCUAGUAUAAAGACGCCGCUACAGUCGUCGAGGAAUGUUGCGGACACGUCGAAAUCUGACGCCAAGUAUCCGGGAUACAUUUCACGAAAGUCUUGGAGCGCAGAAGCGCUACCCGCAGACACCUUCCUGCCGGGCAAGGAAGAUUCCAAUGAACUCGUCAUCACAAGGGACGCAAAACCGCAUUCGACAUUAACCUUGUUUAAGCGAUCGUCUGGUGAAAACAAUGGAUGCUCAGUCGCGCGGCUCACUAUAGAUGAUAUGCGCAACGAGAGAAAAACGAUUGCAGCCGAACACGCUGACAUAAUGGUACACGAUAGCCUCAACUUACUUCGAACGAAGUCCAGAGCAAGCGGCACUAGGGUCCUCAAGGUACCGGUGAAGGACGCUGGGACGGCUACGACGGACGUGCGCACAGUACCAUCACAGUCACGUCUGUUACCACCAGACAUGCUCGAAAGCAAGCGAGACAAAUUUACACAGUCCUCAAUUCCACAGCUCAGUGUAAUGGCAGUAGCCAGUGAUACUCCAGACGGAGAAAAGGUUAGGUGUAAUGCGAAAGAAUACAAAGCCGAGUUCCCAGCUCCCACAGAAUCUUCAGCGGUCCAGACCAAAGCAGACGACGAACCGCCUAGGAACUUUACUAGGAACGUUGCAGUCCAAUCUUCCGCACCAGCGGCAAGCAAAGCGUCACUUCAUUCCGAAACGACAGACACGUUUAGAACUGCGCAGGAGAACAUCGAAACAGAGAAGUUGUUACAAUCGACUGGGACAAGCCGUCCAGCGGGCAAAAUGACAUGGACCGCUCCAGGUAGACGGCACAAUGACUUCACUCUAGAUAACCCCGUCGAAGGUGUGACUGAAACACAUCUGUCGGAUUCGAGGGGUUUCCAACCUUCGCUCACAACUGAGACAUGUCGCAGAGCGAACGAACUGUCGAGCGUCCUCGAAACGUCCGUUGGAGCGUUCAGCAUUGAAGAGGAGAAACGCCCCAGAAAGUUCGCGCCAAGCAACGAUGGUCACCUCAUACUAAGAUUGACAUCGUCGACACCACCGGUGCGUGAGGACGAUGUCCCUACUGUCUUGUCAUUUUCUGUUGACGACCUGAGAGAAUCGCCUCAUAUGAAAAGCGACGAGGACGAUAUGGAGGAUGGAAUUCUGCUUUCGAAGUUGCUGGAAUACGUUGAAGAGAAAGCUGACAGUUCCUUGGAACGGAGCGAACCCGGAGAGCUGAUCAACUUGGGCAGGCAAGGGCAACUGCCAAACCUCGACUCUUCGAGGGAUCAGCACCUCCCGCAGCAGUCUUCCGUAGCGGAUUGCCACGUACCUGAAGUUUGCCAAAUCGUGGAUCUUUCUGUCCUACGUUCGCUGUCGCAACCAGUUCUCUCCACGGCCCUCGUGCCGCUACUGGCUUCCACGGAAAUUGUUCCAAUGUAUUCCCAAGAACGCUUGCACGAUGGCAUUCCUGUGACGCUAAGACAAAAUAGAGCCGUGGUCGAACUGGAUAUGACUCCCGUGGUCGCCCCGCAAGGAGGAGUGCAGCCAUCAAAGAGAAAUCUUGCGCUUGACGGCAGUGGAAAGCUUCGUAGAGGUAUCGGGACUCGGCACAAAGAACAGCAGCUUGUACUGAGAACCGCCAGUCACACUGUGCUUGAAAGGACACGAAAUGGCCUGGACACUGCGGCUCCAGUUAUUGCAUUUUCAUUCGCAGUCUUGGCUCUGGUGGCAGCUGCAGCUAUCCUUCUGCAGAGAGGACAGCAAGUGUCGGACAUGUGAUGCGUCUGGUCAUGGCGCCGAAAUAAAAUUAUCGUGGCGAACCCCGCCUAACUAUAAUAUCA